AUGGAUAAAUUUAAUUGGAAAUUCACUAUCCGUUAUAAUAUUCUAGUUUUAAAAAUUGGCGGCCUCUGGCCCAAAGGCAACGAAGUUUACAAAUUCAAUUUCUACACUUUAUACUCCAUCGUCGCAAUAAAUUUAUUUAUCAACGGUCACAACUUUUUUCAAACCGCCAACAUUUUCUUCGUCUACACUGAUCUAACAGCACUUAGUGCGUUAAUUUUUAUAACUAUCACCGACUUACUAGCGUCAAUUAAAGCUUGCUACUUUGUCAUCAACGUUGGAAUUUUAAAAAACUUGAUGGUUACACUGGACGGACAACUAUUUCAGCCCAAAACAUCUGCACAAAGAAAUUUAGUGCAACCUAACUUGAAGUCGUGGAAAAUAGCUUUCGUUAGCUUUUGGACACCAGCACUAGCCACGUUAAUAUCAUGGUCAGUUUUUCCCAUCAUGGAUGGGUCGUUUAGAGAAUACAGAUUACCAUUUUCUGCUUGGUAUCCUUAUAAUACCAAGGUAUCUCCGCACUACGAAAUAACGUACAUUUACCAAGUUCUUAGCAUUUGGUUUCUGGCUCUGAGCAACGUUAAUAUGGAUACAUUAAUAGCAGCACUAAUGAUGUAUGUUGGUACUCAGUGUGACAUUUUGUCUGAUGAUGUGAAAAAUUUGGGCAGUGGAGGAGUGUCGGAGUUUAACACGAAUUUGUUGAAUUGUAUGAACCAUCACAGAAAUAUCCUUAGCUUUGCCGAAAAUUGCAACAAAUUUUUUGACAAAAUAGCACUUGGGCAAUUUUUUACAAGCUCGCUUUCGUUAGCAUUGGCUGCGUUUCGGUUGACUGUGGUUGAAUCGUUGAGCAUUGAGUUUUAUUCUCUGCUGUUCUACGUGUUUUCCAUGACGGUGCAAAUUUUUCUCUACUGUUGGUUUGGAAACGAAGUGGAAAUUAAGCCUGAAGGUGAUACCUACCAGUUUAACUUAUACUUUCUAUUUCUUCUCAUAUCCGUCGUUUUGUUCCGCUACCCCCAGAACAUCUGCCAAAUCAUUGUCCUCUUUUACACUAGUGACAUAACUGUGCCCGGAGCGAUUAUUUUCGUUAUCUUAUCAGAUUUAAUAGCAGUCGUGAAGAUGCACCUUGUUGUUGCAAACAUCAAAAUGCUGAAGAAGCUAAGAGGAGCCAUUGACAGUGAAGACCUUCAACCGCAAAAUCAAGCGGAAGAACGUGCAGUGACGGAUGGUAUCGAUUUCUGGCGAAAAUCGUUUUAUUUCUUUCUAAGUGCCGGAAUUUCGACGUUAUUUUUUUGGGGGACUUUCCCAAUUUUGGAUGGCGGUUACAAGGAGUACAAGCGACCGUUUAUUGUUUGGUAUCCGUACGAUUUCAAAAAAUCUCCGUAUUAUGAACUCACCUACAUGCACCAGAUGAUCAGUAUUAUCUUCAUUGCUAAUCUUAAUAUGAGCGUGGAUUCUUUCGCGAGUGCUCUGCUGAGUUUCAUUGCGGCUCAGUGCGAGAUUUUGUCUGAUAAGCUCAAAAAUCUCCAUCAGGAAACCGAUGCUAGAAGAGCUUUCGUUGGCUGUAUUAAGCAUCAUCUUCAAAUUAUAAGAUACGCUGACGACAAAAGCAAGUUUCUUGAUUUAGUAGUGUUUUUGCAGUUCGUGCCAAGUUCUGUGUCCUUUGGCCUUACACUAUUUCAGCUGAGUACUGUUGUACCAUUUACCGGUCAGUUUUAUUGGUUUCUUACUUAUGGUAUUGCCGUGACUCUGCAAAUAUUUAUGUAUUGGUGGUUUGGAAAUCAAGUAGAACUGAAAAUUUUGCAAACCGGGUGGUCUUAUUUUGCCCUCCUGCCAACAAUCAACACUUCGUAA